CCCUGGCUCUUCACUCCAGCUCCCACUGCACACAGGGAUAAGUGCGUGUGUGUAUAGAUUGUGAAUUCAGUGCAUAUGCAAGAGAGACAAAGGCUGACAGCACCAUGAUAUCUGUGCUGGACAGCAUGGGGCCCUCCUGGGCUUGGCUGCAUGUGGACAUCCAUCGGAUUUUUUACCUGGCUGCUGUGUUUUGCCUGACCUAUGCGCUGCUGAAAGUGAUCCAGCUGUGUCGGAGGAGACAGCAACUGCUCAAAGCCCUAGAUUGCUUCCCAGGCCCACCAAGGCACUGGCUGUAUGGCCAUGCCCAUGAGCUUCAAGAUCAAGAACUCAACAAGGUCAUAUCUUGGGCAGAGAAAUAUCCAUGUGCUCACUCUGUAUGGUUUGGAGGUUUCUUAGGAUUCCUGAAUAUCUACCACCCCGAAUACGCCAAGGCUGUAUAUAGCAGAGGAGAUCCGAAGGCUGGUGACUUCUAUAAUUUCUUUGUCCCAUGGACUGGGAAAGGAUUAAUUGUUUUACAUGGACCAAAGUGGUUCCAGCACCGUAGACUGCUGACUCCUGCAUUUCAUAAUGAUAUUCUGAAAUCUUAUGUGUCACUGAUGGCGGAUUCCACCAAACUGAUGUUGGAUAAAUGGGAGAAGUGGAUAACAAAGUACAAGUCGCUGGAUAUCUUUGAAGACGUUGGCUUGAUGGCUUUAGAUAGCAUGCUGAAAUGCACCUUCAGUUAUCAAAGCAACUGCCAGCACAGCGAGAAUACAUUUCUCAAAGCUAUACGUCAGCUCACAGCCAUGGUACAAGAGAGAACGAGGACAUUUCUGUACCACAAUGACCUCAUCUACUGGUUCAGUCCCCCUGGGCGUCGCUUCCGGAAUGCCUGCAGAAUAGUCCAUCGCCAUACAGAGAAGGUGAUCAAGGAGAGGAAGGAAUGGCUCAAGGAUGAGCGAGAGCUCGAAAAGAUCCAGAAGAAGAGGCGCCUGGACUUUCUGGAUAUUCUUUUAUGUGCCAAGGAUGAAAAUGGAGAAGGAUUACCUGAUGAAGAUCUACGUGCUGAGGCAGACACUUUCAUGUUUGGGGGUCAUGACACCACAGCAACUGGGAUCUCCUGGCUCUUAUACUGCAUGGCCCUGUACCCAGAGCACCAGCAGAGAUGCAGGGAGGAGAUCAAGGAGAUUCUGGGAGACAGAGAGACCAUUCAGUGGAAUGACCUUAGUAACAUGCCCUACACCACCAUGUGCAUUAAAGAGACCCUCCGCCUUUACCCUCCGGUACCUCAAGUGUAUCGACAACUCAAUGAACCAGUCACAUUUUUCGAUGGGAGGACUUUGCCGGAAGGUAGCUUAGUGUCUCUGCACAUUUACGCUCUUCACAGAAACCCCGUGGUAUGGAAAGAUCCAGAGGUGUUUGACCCCAUGAGAUUUUCACAAGACAACUUGUCUGAUCAGCAUUCCUUCGCCUUUAUGCCCUUUGCUGCUGGACCACGGAACUGCAUCGGGCAGCAGUUUGCCAUGACUGAGUUGAAAGUGGCUCUUGCCCUAACCCUCCUCCGCUUCGAACUCUCACCUGACCUGACUACACCUCCUAAUGAAGUAACUGAGCUUAUCCUGCGCUCCAGGACUGGAAUACACUUGCAUUUAAAGAAACUUUCCUAAUAUCUUUGCUAUUUCAUGCUGAAACUAUCUUUGAUAUUUUUUCUUCAGCAAAGCUUGCAAGUCACAAGACUUUCUAAGUAGAUUUGCUCAUCUUAAAUAUGAGGAAUCUGAAGAAGUGGGUAUUCACCCACGAAAGCUCAUGCUGCAAAACGUCUGUUAGUCUAUAAGGUGCCACAGGAUUCUUUGCUGCUUGUACUAGUGUGUGGGAGGGUAGAGACAUUCUUUAAGGGUGAGGCUGGGUGGAGACUUUCUUAUGGGGCCUGAUCGUCAGCCACUGUAAAGUGACAUAGCUUCAUUGACUUGGAGUUAUGCCAAAAUACACCAGCUGAGAAUUUGGUCAAUGAUGCUUAUAGAUUAGCCAUACACAGAGACAUGAACGAAAGUACAACAGGAAAUCACUGGUUUUGAAAUCCAGUACAGUGAGGGCAUAAUUAUAUUCUGUAUAGAGAAACUUUUCUCUCUUUUGGCUUUUCCAGUGCCCUUUGUCUAUUCCUUCUGUCCCACCUUACAAAGCAAUGAGGAUCUUAAUAUUAUGUCUCCCAGUGUAGGAGGGGGGAGUAUUUUCCUCUUCGCAUUAGGAGGUGAGCUUCCCAUUAAUCUUUGAGCUAAGACGGAAAAACUGGUGGGAGCAAGAUUUUCCUGUUAAAUGCAAUCUGAUUUAAUCAACGGUAAAAGCCAGAUUUUGAUCCAUUGAUCUCAGUGCCGUUGCUCUGGGUUUGAAACAGAGAACAGGGUUUGUGCGUUAUAAAAGUUGCUUGUGGAGAUCCAUAUUUACUCAAUCGGAUGCAGUUUUAUCAGGAAUGGAUCUGUUAAUGCCUUCUGUAGUUGAACCCCUUAAUAAAGAGUUGUGGUGUUUUUUAAAUA